AUGAUCACGCGUGUUUCAAAAGCGUUCUUCUCUCUUUCUAUCUCUAUCUCUCUCGUCUCUCUCGUUGACGUUCUUUACCCCCCAAAACACUUCAAUUUCGUUGAUUUCCAGCAGAUUUCCCAACAAUUCUUCAAUACCCUUGUCAAAUUUCAGAUCUUUUCAAAAACCCAUCUUCAAAUUUCAUCCAUGGCUUCAUAUUGGUGCUAUAGAUGCACUCGAUUCAUCAGGGUUCCAACUGAGCACAACGUUAUCUGCCCUUUCUGCGACGGUGGAUUCAUCGAAGCAGUAGACUCCACUGCUCCACCUGAUUCCCCUCUUCGUUUUCCCAGUCCUGCCGCCGCUGGCCGUAGUUCAAAUCUGAGGUUUCGUCAUGGUCGGCGUAACCAAGGAGGUGAACGGUCGUCUUUCAAUCCAGUCAUCGUUUUACGUGGACCUGCUGAUGGAGGCGGCGGUGAGAGGAGUUUUGAAUUGUAUUAUGAUGAUGGUGCUGGAUCUGGUCUUCGACCGUUGCCGGCUGCUAUGUCGGAGUUUCUUAUGGGUUCUGGGUUUGAUCGGUUACUUGAACAACUUGCCCAGAUUGAAAUUAAUGGACUUGGUCGACAAGAACAACCGCCGGCUUCAAAAGUAGCGAUUGAAUCUAUGCCGACGAUUGAAAUUGAAGAUAGUCAUAUCUAUUCUGAAUCGCAUUGUGCUGUUUGUAAGGAGGCUUUUGUGAUGGGUUCGGAAGCUCGUGAAAUGCCAUGUAAUCAUAUCUACCAUGCCGAUUGUAUUCUCCCCUGGUUAUCUCUCCGGAAUUCAUGUCCCGUCUGCCGCCACGAACUUCCCACCGAUUCCGGCUCAGUUUCUGAGUUGGAGAACGAGUCACAACCAUCGGCAGACGGCGAGGCGGCGGUAGGACUGACUAUAUGGAGAUUACCCGGCGGGGGAUUUGCUGUUGGAAGAUUUACAGAGGGGGGAAGAACAGGGGAACGUGAACUUCCAGUUGUGUAUACUGAAAUGGACGGUGGAUUUAGUAACAAUGGUGCUCCAAGAAGGAUUUUAUGGACAUCAAGGAGAGAACGAUCAAGAGAAGGUAAUGGUUUUGGGAGAGUGUUUCGCAAUUUGUUUUCAUUUCUUGGUAGGAUUAGGUUAUCACGUUCUAAUGGCCCGGAAUCAAGGAGGUCAAUUAGUUCAAGAAAUGGUCAGUCUGUUUCAAUCUUCACCAGGCAUAUGAGAAGGAUGAACAGAGCUUGGUUUCUUGAAGAUCGAGAUGGAAUGGCUAGAUCUUGAAGAAGAUUGGGAAACUGUACAUAGAUGGUUGAAAAUUGAAAUGCAAAUCCUGAUCAGAUUUCUGAAACUGCAGUUUUCCCUUGAGCAAUCAACAAAUAAUGAAAAUCAGAAACCUGGGUAAUAUAUACUUCUCUUGAAUGAUAAUGGAACUUGUAGUUUUAUUAUGAUUAUGUCUGAAAAAUUCGUUAUUUUAUUCUUGCCCAUUGUCUGUAUUUAUGUUUGCAGUUAUCUAGAUGAUCCUCAAUUGUUGUUGAAUCUGAAUCAUUUAUUCGAU